CAGAUCUACUCUCCUGGGUGACAAACUCAUAGUUUAGGAUGUUUAGAUGGGUGAUUAACACAUGUUGUUGAAUCUUUUGAGGUAUAAAGUAUAUGUUUCACCCACUUUUCAGCUAUUUUUUAGAGUUAACAAGUUUGUCGGAGUUUUGAUGCAAGAACAGGUCUAAAACGGGCAAAACGGAGCGAACGGGCUGACCACAGAAUGUUCGCCCGACCGGGCGUUUUUCAUCCAACAAAACGCCCGACCGGGCGUUUGAAGCCUCAUCGCGAUUUACCCAGAUCGCCCGACCGGGCAUAUUCCGACUUACAGAUCGCCCGACCGGGCGAUUUGUCGCUGUUGCCAACUUUGCCUCUUUCUUACUCCGGAUAUAAAAGGGUUCUCACUCAUUUCCAAACCCUAACUCCCACACCACGAAUCUUAGCAAGAAAGUAAGGUUUUGAGAGGAUUUGAAGUCAAGGAGCUUCCCAUUUCCAAGAGAUUGGAGGAAGGAGACCCCCCACCAUCAAUUCCACCAUAGGGAGUUCUAGUUUUUAUGCUCACGCGCUCAAGUCGUUUACCCCUUGAGCCGAUUAAUUUAGAGAUAGAAGCCGCCAAUAGAAGAAGAGGAGGACGAAGGAGAAGAGCAAGAGCUCAACAUCAAGUUGAGCCAAUGGAAAAUCCACAUGGGAACAAUGAGGGAAUUCCCCCUCCACCUCCACCUCUAUUAAAUCAAGACCAAAUCAUUCUCCAACUACAACAAGAAAUGGCGGAGAUGAGAAGGGAAAGAGAGGAGGAAAGGAGGCGAGAGGCUCCGGUUAGAGACGCAUUUGGGAACGUCAAUAUCCCACAUCCACCCUAUGAUACAAGGGUGAAUGCCAACAAUUUUGAGUUGAAGACAGGAUUGAUUCAAUUUGUGGAGCAACGUGUUUUCUCGGGAAGGCCCACGGAGGAUCCUAAUAGGCACUUAUCUAAAUUCUUAGAGAUUGCCAAUACAACUAAGCUUAAUGGGGUUCCCGACGAUACAAUCAAACUUAGGCUAUUUCCAUUCUCAUUGUCGGGAUAUGCUAGAGAUUGGUUUGAUAACCUUGAGCCGGGCUCGGUUACAAGUUGGGACGACUUAGCCCAAAAGUUUUUGGAUCGAUUCUUCCCUCUAAGCUCCACUCUCAACCUCCAAGCAGAGAUCUCCCACUUUAAAAUGAAGGGCCAAGAGUCUAUGUUCGAGGCUUGGGAGAGAUUCAACGCCUUGCUAAAGAAAUGCCCCAACCAUGGGUUAUCUCCGGGCCAUCAAGUGAGCCUCUUCUACAAUGGAUGCUCGGAGUUUAUCAAGAGUCAAUUAGACUUUGGUUCGGGGGGUUCAUUCUUGGACAAGGGGGUCGAGGAGUGCAAGAAGAUGCUUCAAAGGCUUGCCUAUACUAGCAAGGGUUGGAGCUCGGGCCGAGAUAGUUCAAUGCCGGUGGCUUCGGUUGUGGAUUCGGAUGCAUUCAAUCUUCUCAACCAACAAAUGAUGUUGUUGAAUCAAAAGGUGGAUGGCCUUAGUUUGGGAGUGGCACCUAUGGGAGAGCCUUUACAUACCGUGGAAGAUGUCAAUUAUGUGCAUCAAGGAGGGAAUCAAAGGAACUUCUACAACUAUCGCCCUAACAAUGGGGGUGGUAAUUACCAAGGCUAUCGCUCACCCUUCAAUGCACAUCCAAACCUUUCUUAUGGCAAUCCAAACAAUGCUAUCCAACCACCUCCACCACCUCGUUUCCCUACACCUAGUGGGUCGACAAGUGGGGCCGCUAAUGUGCCCACCAAUUCUAAACCUUCAAGUGAUGAUGUCACCCAUGAGCUUCUAAAAGCUCUAAUGGAGAAGACCGAUGGAAUCAUGACACAAUCUACUAAGAGAAUUGAUAAGGUUGAGACGGCGGUAGUGGAGGUCACCACGAGAAUGGGGGCUUUGGAGCAUCAAAUGAGUCAAAUUGCCCAAGCCGUGGGCCAACUUCAUCAACCGGGGCAAUUCCCAAGCAACACCAUUCCUAACCCAAAGGAUUGCAAGGCUAUCAAUUUGAGGAGUGGAACAAGCUAUAAGAGCCCCCCUAUGCCCGAAAAGGAAGCUAUUGUGCAACCCGAAGAAGAAGAGACAAUAGAAGUGGAGGCAUCAACGAAGAGCCCACCAAAAGAUCAAGCCGAGACAAUAGUUCCUCCUAAGCCCACGGAAGUUAAACUUCCUUUCCCUCAAAUGAUGCAAAAGAAAAAGAAGGAUGAACAAUUUUCAAGAUUUUUGGAUAUCUUUAGGAAAGUUCAAAUUAACAUCCCUCUUGUUGAAGCACUUCAACAAAUGCCAAGUUAUGCAAAGUUCCUCAAGGAUGUGGUAUCACAAAAAAGGAAAUGGGGGCACUAUGAGACGGUCAACUUGACGGAGAGUUGCAGUGCAAUUAUUCAAAGGAAGUUGCCGGCCAAAAUGCAAGAUCCGGGAAGCUUCACUAUUGAGUGCACUAUUGGAAAUUGCUUUGUGGGGAAUGCCUUGUGCGAUCUAGGGGCUAGCAUUAAUCUUAUGCCAUUGUCCUUCUUCAACAAGUUGAAUAUUGGUAAAUUGAGAUCGACUAGCAUUACUUUGCAAAUGGCGGAUAGAUCGGUGGCAUAUCCCUCGGGCAUAGCAGAAGAUAUAUUGGUGAGGGUGAAUGAGUUCAUAUUCCCCGUUGACUUCGUGGUGUUGGACAUGGAAGAGGAUAGAAUUGUACCUCUUAUUUUGGGAAGACCGUUCCUUGCCACCGGGAAGGCCAUGAUCGAUGUUUCAAAAGGGGAACUUACACUUCGCCUCAAUGAUGAGAGCGUGACAUUUUCGAUAUAUGAGGCCUUAAAGAGGCAUGAUGCGGAACCGGGAGGAAGCCUACAACAUUGCAAUGUUGUGACCGUGAUGGAUGAGUGUGUUGGAGGAGUGGCACCGACCUCUUACUUGGAUGAUCAAUUAGAGAGAUGCAUUUCUCAUUCCAUGUAUUCUUCUCAUUCUUUUGAUGUUUUGGAUGCUAACCCCGAGUUGUUGGAAUUUGUAGGUGCUUUGGACUCGGCUAAAGAAAUCCCUAGAUCACUUCGUCCACAAUUUCUACCUCUUAGGAGUGGAAGUGAAGAUAGCAAUAAAGAUGGGGAAAACAAGAAGCUUGAGUUGAAGCCACUUCCACUACACUUGCGAUAUGCCUUUCUUGGAGGGAAUGACACUUUUCCGGCAUUUGAGAAGCUCAAGGCGGCGUUGGUGAGUGCCCCAAUCUUGAUCUCCCCCGAUUGGUCUCAACCUUUCGAGAUCAUGUGUGAUGCAAGUGAUGUGGCGGUAGGCUCGGCUUUGGGACAAAAGAGAGACAAGAUAUUCCGGGUGAUAUAUUAUGCUAGUAGGACAUUGGAUUCGGCUCAAGCUAACUACACCACUACCGAGAAGGAAAUGCUUGCGGUGGUCUACUCUUUUGACAAGUUCCGCCCUUACCUUAUUGGGGCCAAAACUAUUGUCUUUACUGACCAUGCCGCCAUCCGCCAUCUAUUUGUUAAGCAAGAUGCAAAACCAAGGCUUAUAAGGUGGAUCUUGCUCCUUCAAGAAUUUGAUUUGGAGAUCCGAGAUAGAAAAGGGUGUGAGAAUGUGGUGGCGGAUCAUCUCUCAAGAUUGGAGCAUGCUAGUGAAGAGGAAAAAUUGAAGUUGGUCAUCAAUGAAGAAUUCCCGGAUGAGCAUUUGUUUUAUGUGGCCAAGGGUCAAGUGGCAUGGUAUGCCAAUAUUGUGAACUAUCUUGUUGCUAAGGUGAUUCCCGAAGGACUUGAGGACUAUCAAAAGAAGAAGUUCUUCCACGACGUGAAGUUCUAUUUUUGGGACGAGCCUUGUCUUUUUAGAAGAUGUGCCGACAUGGUGAUUAGAAGAUGUGUCCCUCAAGAGGAGUGGGAGUCCGUUAUUAUGCAUUGCCACACCGCACCUAGUGGGGGGCAUUUUGGAGCUAACCGGACUGCUAUGAAAGUGCUCCAAAGUGGUCUAUUUUGGCCAACCAUCACCAAAGACUGCCAGGACUACGUGAGAAGAUGCAACGAGUGCCAGAGAAUGGGGGGUGUUUCUAAGAAGAAGGAGAUGCCAUUGACGACAAUUGUUGAAGUCGAGUUGUUUGAUGUGUGGGGCAUUGACUUCAUGGGGCCCUUUCCUCCAUCUAGUGGGUUCCAAUACAUUCUACUAGCCGUUGACUAUGUAUCAAGGUGGGUGGAAGCCAUUCCUACCCAAACUAAUGAUUCAAAGGUGGUGAUUAAAUUCGUUCAAAAGAACAUAUUCACGCGAUUCGGCGCACCUCGGGCUAUCAUAAGUGAUGGAGGGUCUCAUUUUCGCAAUAGGUGGCUAGAGGCGGUCUUAGCAAGGCAUGGAGUGAAGCAUCGGGUGACAACUCCUUAUCAUCCACAAGCUAAUGGUCAAACCGAGUUGGCCAAUAGAGAGAUCAAACAAAUAUUGCAAAAGAGUGUCAAUGCUAACCGUAGAGAUUGGGCUCUCAAGCUUGACGAUGCUCUAUGGGCGUAUAGGACGGCUUACAAGACGCCAAUCGGGAUGUCACCUUAUCAAUUGGUCUUUGGGAAAUCAUGCCAUCUCCCGGUUGAAUUGAAGCACUCAUCAUAUUGGGCGGUGAGGCAAAUGAACAUGGACUUCACCAAGGCCGGCAAGGAAAGGAAGCUUCACCUCAAUUUACUUGAUGAAUUUAGGAAUGAAGCUUAUGCUAAUUCCUCAAUCUACAAGGAGAGAAUGAAAACGUAUCACGACAAGAUGAUUGAGAGGCGUGAAUUCCACAAGGGGGAUGCCGUGUUGCUUUUCAACCACAAGUUGAGACUCUUUCCGGGCAAGCUAAAAUCUAAGUGGUCGGGACCCUUCACUAUCAAGGAGGUCAUGAGCAAUGGCACAAUGGAGCUCAAAGGACCCGAUGGAAGCACGUUCAAGGCAAAUGGUCAAAAUCUCAAGAGGUUCUUUACCAAGGAGCAACAAGACGAGGUCUUUGUGGUUGCCUUGAUUGAGUAGUGGAGCUUGCAAAGCGUCGGGCAAAUGACGUUAAACAAUUGCGCUAUGGGGGAGGCAACCCCUAGUAGGUAAAAUUUAUAGCUUUUGUGUUUUUGGUGUGUUUUUAUUUUGUUCUUGUUUUUGGUGUGUUUUGUGUGUUUUAAGUGGAACAGGAGAUAGGCUUUGAUGGGUGAAAAGCGGACAAAAAACUGGAGAAAUGGCGAA